UUGUAAAUUAUGAAUUUGAUAAAUGGUUUUUUUUUUACAGAAAUGGCGAUCCAUAAAAUGAAUCUUCAUAAGAAGAGAACAUUUUGCAGUGCCUGAAGAACUGCUUGAUUGGUGAAUUUAAGAAAACGAAAAGACAACAUAUCCAUGAUGAGAAUCAUUAUAAGCGGUGCGAGCGCGCGGACAGGGGUGGUAGUGUUGGUGGUGGCGAGCAGCGCCGGCGUGUCCGCACGCGUGGCUGGCAAGGUCGGCGGCUACUCGAACAAGAGCAGUGGUAAAUCAACAAGUGGCAUCAACGAGGGAAUCAUCUGGAUCAGCAUAGGCAUGGCGAUAGCGAUAGCCAUACUCAUAGUCAUCGCGCUCUGCUACAUUCUCUGCGAGAAGUGCUCUAAGCGGCGCGCGCACCGCGAGCAAUCAUGACGAUACAAGCAGGAGUUCACGCGCCACGCGCUCUCGGACUCCCUCGUCGACUUCGACUUCCCCCACUACACCCUCUACCCCCAGUACUCCCCCGACGGAAAGGAGUACUACUAC